AUGCUAGAAAGUCGAGCCAGUCCACAGAAUCAGAAUGGUCAUCAUGUCCGAGUGAACCAGACUGAUAGUACGGACCUCCAGCAGAUGCACAUCCACAACAUCCACAACGGCAAUAGGACGACGUCCGACGGGGUGAUCCCCCUCAUGCCAAACCCAAACAAUCGGUUCACAGGGCGGACAGAAGUCAUUGCCAAACUCAAGAGGCAUUUUUUUACUAACACAAACGAUGGAGCUAAGAAGAGAAAGUUCUUCCUGUUGCACGGAAUGGGGGGUAUUGGAAAGACUCAGAUUUGCUUGAAGUUUGUCGACGAGAUGUCUGACCACACCAUCACACAGGCACUGAAGGGUAUCUGUAACCUUUCUGAGGCUCAGCUUUCUGCACUGGAUGGGUCACCUGAAUCUGCUCUUUGCUGGAUUGGCUUACUGAAAGAGAACUAUGCAAUGGUGUAA